CCGCCGGGUGGGGCGGGUCUGCGCCCGGCUGGCGCCAGACUGCCGCCGCUGUCCUGCCGGCCGCGCGCCCCCUCACUCGCCCCCCGAAGACACCCGGGCUCCAUCGAGUUCAGAAAUGUCCAGAAAUGACAAAGAACCGUUCUUGGUGAAGUUUUUAAAGUCUCCAGACAAUUCUGAAUAUUUUUUUAAAGCUCUUGCGUCAAUAAAAGAGUUCCAAUCAGAAGAAUACCUUCAAAUUAUCACAGAAGAAGAGGCAUUGAAAAUAAAAGAAAAUGAUAAAUCACUUUAUAUCUGUGACCCUUUUAAUGGCAUUGUCUUUGAUCACCUCAAAAAGCUUGGAUGCAGAAUUGUUGGUCCUCAAGUAGUCAUAUAUUGUAUGCACCACCAGCAAUACGUCCCAAGAGCUGAACAUCCAGUUUAUAAUAUGGUUAUGUCUGAUGUAACCAUAUCUUGUACAAGCCUUGAAAAACAAAAAAGGGAAGAAGUUCACAAAUAUGUACAAAUGAUGGGUGGACGAGUAUAUAAAGACCUUCAUACAUCAGUGACUCACCUUAUCGCUGGAGAAGUUGGUAGCAAAAAAUACUUAGUUGCUGCAAAUCUAAAGAAACCUAUUUUGCUUCCUUCUUGGAUAAAAACACUUUGGGAGAAAUCACAAGAGCAAAAAAUAGAAAGAUACACUGAUAUAAACAUGGAAGACUUUAAGUGUCCUAUUUUUCUUGGUUGUAUCAUCUGUGUGACUGGCUUGUGUAGCAUUGACCGAAAGGCAGUUCAGCAACUCACAGUUAAGCACGGAGGUCAAUAUGUGGGACAACUGAAAAUGAAUGAAUGUACACACCUCAUUGUGCAAGAACCAAAAGGUCAGAAAUAUGAAUGUGCCAAGAAAUGGAAUGUUCAUUGUGUGACUACGCAGUGGUUUUUUGACAGUGUUGAGAAAGGUUUUUGUCAGGAUGAAUCUAUAUACAAGACACAGCCUAAACCAGAAAUAAAGACUAUGCCUGAUACUUCAACUCCUACUGGCCAGGUCAACACAUUUGAUAGUCGUACUCUUUCAGAUGUCAGCCACAUUUCUAACAUCACUGCAAGUUGCGUAAAUGAAUCCAUAUGUAAUUCGGUUCUUAAUAGCAAAUUAGAGCCUACAUUUGAAAAUCUAGAAAAUCUGGAUGUCAGUGCAUUUCAAGUACCUGAAGAUUUAUUAGAUGGCUGCCGGAUAUAUCUUUGCGGUUUUAGUGGCAGAAAGCUAGAUAAACUGCGGAGGCUUAUUAACAGUGGAGGUGGAGUUCGUUUCAAUCAGCUCAACGAAGAUGUAACUCAUGUUAUUGUGGGAGAUUAUGAUGAUGAAUUGAAGCAAUUUUGGAAUAAAUCAGCCCACAGGCCUCACGUAGUGGGAGCAAAGUGGUUGCUAGAGUGUUUUAGUAAAGGCUAUAUGCUUCCUGAAGAGCCAUAUAUCCAUGCUAACUACAAGCCAGUGGAAAUUCCAGUUUCAGAUCAACCUGAAAAUAAAACAACUAUUUUAAAAAAGAAUAACAGCAGCUUUUCUAAGCAAGACUUUAUACCUGAUGAAAAGCAUCAGCAAGCUGAUGAAGAUCUGCUCUCCCAAUAUGUAAAUAAUAACUCAACAGUAGUUGAAGCUAAACAGUCUGAGACUGAGAAAUCUGAAGUUGGACCUUUUAACGAUUCUACUCAUAUUUCUCUGCAAGAAGAAAACCAGCCUUCUGUCAGUCGUUGCCUCCCUGACGAUACUUCUAUAAUUACUGAAGAAGGCUUAUUUAGCCAAAAGAGUUUCCUUGUUUUGGGUUUUAGUAAUGAAAAUGAAUCUAAUAUUAAAAACAUCAUAAGAGAAAAUGCUGGAAAAAUCGUGUCCCUUCAGAGCAGACCUGUUGCUGAUUAUGCAGUGGUUCCUCUUCUGGGGUGUGAAGUAGAAGCAACUGUAAGCGAAGUUGUUACAAAUACAUGGCUGGUUACUUGUAUAGACUUCCAGACUUUAGUUGAUCCAAAGUCAAAUCCCCUCUUCACUCCAGUCCCAAUACAGACAGGAACAACUCCUUUAGAAGAUUGUGUUAUUUCGUUCAGCCAGUGUGCUGGAGCAGAAAAAGAGUCUUUAACAUUCUUAGCAAAUCACCUUGGAGCAAGCGUUCAAGAAUUCUUUGUUCGCAAAUCCAAUCCAAAGAAAGGCAUGUUUGCCAGUACACAUCUUAUAUUGAAAGAACCAGGUGGUUCUAAAUUUGAAGCUGCAAAGAAGUGGAACUUACCAGCAGUCAAUGUAGCUUGGCUUUUGCAGACUGCUAGAAUGGGAAAGAAAGCAGAUGAAAGCCAUUUUCUGAUAGAAGAUCCUCCUGAAGAAGAGCAAAGCUUGGAAACUGAAGUAACAAAUGCAAUGAAUCUAAAUCCAAGUACACCAGAGCAUCCUGAGACACAGCUGGAAACACACAAGAAAACAGCUGUUACACCUUUAGAUAUGAACCAGUUUCAGAGUAAAGCUUUCCGUGCUGUGAUCUCACAACACACUGGACAGGUGUCAGUCUCCCCAACCAUAGAACAGCCACUCCAGAAGGAGCCCUCAUUGCAUCUGGAUACACCAUCAAAAUUUCUGUCCAAAGACAAACUCUUCAAGCCAUCCUUUGAUGUGAAGGAUGCACUUGCAGCCUUGGAAACUCCACGACAUCUCAGCCAACAGAAAAGGAAAUUGAGUACACCACUCUCAGAAGUUAUUGUCAGAAACUUGAAACUGGCUUUGGCAAACAGCUCUCGAAAUGCUGUCGCUCUUUCUGCCAGCCCUGAACUGAAGAAUGCCCAACCCGAGAAGGAAGAAGUUCCAAAGCCACUUCAUAAGGUAGUGGUAUGCGUUAGUAAAAAACUCAGUAAAAAGCAGAGUGAACUAAAUGGCAUUGCAGCCUCUCUUGGAGCAGAUUACAGGUGGAGUUUUGAUGAAACAGUGACCCAUUUCAUCUAUCAAGGACGACCAAAUGACACUAAUCGGGAGUAUAAAUCUGUAAAAGAAAAAGGAAUACAUAUUGUUUCGGAGCACUGGCUUUUAGAAUGUGCCCAAGAGUAUAAGCAUCUUCCUGAAUCUCUUUAUCCACAUACUUUUAAUCCCAAAAUGAGCCUGGAUAUCAGUGCAGUGCAAGAUGGCAGACUCUGUAAUAGUCGACUACUCUCAGCUGAUUCAACAACAAAGGAUGAUGAGCCGGAUCAUUUGCCAUUAGAAGAAAAUGAUAUCGAUAAUAUGACCAUCAAUAAUAAAGAAUCUGCACUAUCAAAUGGAAGUGGAAAGAAUGACACUAAAGGAGCUCUGACACAGACCUUGGAGAUGAGACAGAACAUCCAAAAGCAGCUGCAGGAGAUAAUGUCUGCAACAUCAAUAGUGAAACUCCAAGGGCAGAGGACUUCCCUUUCAAGAAGUGGUUGUAACAGUGCUUCUUCAACUCCCGACAGCGCUCGCUCUGUCCGCAGUGGACGAAGUAGAGUCCUAGAGGCACUGAGGCAGUCUCGUCAAAUAGUACCUGAUAUAAACACAGAGCCCUCUCAAAAUGAACAGAUCAUUUGGGAUGACCCUACAGCCAGGGAGGAGAGAGCAAGGCUUGCCAGCAAUUUGCAGUGGCCCAUUUGCCCCACACAAUACUCUGAGCUUCAAGUGGACGUGAAAAAAAUGGAGGAUUCUCCUUUCCAGGAGCCUUUACAUGGUUCAGAAAUUGCUGAACAGGCUAUCUGUGAUCCUGGAAACGUAUGUGUGACUGAAGCCUGCAAACACCACCUGAUCUCUGAAGAACUGGAAACUCCAACAAAAGACAGCCACCUGAUUCCUACACCAAAAGCCCCUAGUAUUGCCUUCCCCCUAGCCAACCCACCGGUGGCUCCUCACCCUAGAGAAAAGGUUAUAACAAUAGAGGAGACUCGUGAAGACUUAAAAAAACAGUACAUAUUUCAGUUGUCAUCUCUGAAUCCUCAAGAACGUAUUGAUUAUUGUCACCUUAUUGAAAAGCUAGGUGGAUUGGUGAUAGAAAAACAGUGCUUCGACCCGAACUGUACACACAUUGUUGUGGGACAUCCACUUCGAAAUGAGAAGUAUUUGGCCUCAGUGGCAGCGGGGAAGUGGGUGCUCCAUCGCUCCUACUUGGAAGCAUGCAGGACUGCUGGGCACUUCAUGCCGGAAGAAGACUAUGAAUGGGGAAGUAGUUCCAUUCUUGAUGCUUUGACCGGAAUCAAUGUACAACAGCGGAGACUAGCACUUGCAGCAAUGAGGUGGAGAAAAAAAAUCCAGCAAAAACAAGAAACAGGCAUUAUUGAGGGGGCAUUUAGUGGUUGGAAGGUUAUUUUACAUGUGGAUCAGUCCCGAGAAGCAGGAUUCAAACGUCUUCUUCAGUCAGGAGGAGCAAAGGUAUUACCUGGUCAUUCUGUACCUUUAUAUAAAGAAGCCACACAUCUCUUUUCUGACUUUAAUAAACACAAACCAGAUGACUCAGGAGUUAAUAUAGCAGAAGCCGCUGCACAGAACGUGUACUGCUUGAAGACCGAAUACAUUGCUGAUUAUCUCAUGCAGGAAUCCCCUCCUCAAAUAGAAAAUUACUGUCUACCAGAAGCUGUUGCAUUUCUUCAGAAUAAUAAGGAACCUGAGUCUGGAUUAUCACAAAAGAGGAAAGCUCCUACAGAGAAAAAUAAAAUCAAACGACCUAGAGUACACUGA